AUGUCUAGUGAGUCUUUUCGUGAUUCUCGAAAGGAUUUACCCGUUUUCAGCUAAACUUCUCCUUCUCUUUCUUGCCGUUGGCGUCACUCAAUUUCUGACUUCCGUUGAUGGGUAACAGUUUAUGAAAAUAUCGGAACAAAAGGUAAAUUUCAGAGCGAAUGGCCGCGGAUCGAUUAAACUCGGUCUCGGAUUGGAGAGUGGAAAAGGAAAAGGAUUUCAUGGAGGACCGUCGAGCGGACACGUCGACGAGCAGCCAGAGUACGAGACGGAGAAGAAGUUGUGAGUGAAAUGGGAGAAAAGGUCGGGAAAGCAUUCAACUGUUCUAGGCUGAUUCGGGAGAAGAGAGCUGCUCCAGCGCCGACCGGAGCCAACAAAACAGCGAUAAAUCCACAGAAAACUGCGAAUGGGACUCAAGCGAAAAACGGAAAUGAUUUGGCACUUGGCCAGAAGAGAGUGUAAGUCCUCGUCAAAUAUUCCAACCGGAUCCGUUCCCCUUUCCAGAGCCGGCUUCGUGAAAAUAUUUGCCCCCCUGACCGGCUGUCUCGUCUUCCUGUGCCUCGCCAACGUCGGUCUUUUCAUCUGGCUCUCAAUCACCCUCAAGAAGCUCAGAAAGCCGUGA